AUGGAGCUUUUCUUUGCAUUGUGGAUCGGAAACUUUCUGCACUUUUGCCAAGCCGCCAUCUACACUAACGACUGGGCCUUGCGGAUAAAAGGAGGUGCUAAAUCUGCGACGGGGAUAGCAGAGAAAUAUGGAUUCGCAAAUAUGGGACAGAUCGGACAGCUGAGGAGUCAUUACAUCUUUCGCCACCACGAAACGGCGGCGCGGUCCACGGCGCCCAAUGAUACGUUGACAGCACGUGUCGCCAUGGAGAUCAAGGUGGAAUGGCUGCAACAGCAGGUGAUCCAGAAAAGAGUCAAAAGAACUUUGUACUCCUUCAGCAAAAAGAGCUCCCAAAGUGGAGAUGCGCUUCAUCAGCACCUCGACUCCCACUUGAAACACUUCAAGGAGCACAAGCCCUGGUACAAUCUCUGCGGUGAGGACUCCAAAGGCUGCCGGCCUCCCAUGAACAUUGUCGGGGCCUGGGGGAGGGGCUACACCGGCAGGGGGGUGGUGGUCUCCAUCUUAGAUGAUGGAAUCGAUGGAGAGCAUCCAGAGCUGAAACCGAAUUACGAUGCUCUCGCCAGCUUUGAAGUCAACGGACAAGAAGGACAUCCGACUUAUUCGGAGACGGCUGCCAACUAUCAUGGGACUCGGUGUGCAGGAAUGGUAGCUGCCGCCAUGAUGGCAAACCACUCCACGUGCACAGUGGGAGUAGCUUUCCACGCAAGGAUUGGAGGCGUUCGGAUACUGGGUGGACUGGACGGAGAAGUGACAGACAUAGCUGAGGCACAAGCGCUGAGCUUCAAACCGCAGCAUGUGGAUGUCUACUUGGCCAGCUGGGGGCCGGAAGAUGACGGCGCCACUCUGGGUGGACCUGGAACUCUGACUCGCCUCGCUUUGGAGAACGGCAUCCGAACUGGUCGACACGGGAAAGGCUCUGUUUAUGUCUGGGCAGCGGGAAGCGGUGCAAGUAGAGGUGACCACUGCUCGUGUGACGGCUACAGCAACAGCAUCUACACCAUCUCCAUUAGCAGCGGCGCCGGCGGCCAGAGCCAGCCGAGCCACCAGGAAAGCUGCUCAUCCAUACUGGCUGCAGCCUCCACUGCAGACGACAUUUCACAACAGAGCUGCGCCUUGGAUAAAUGGGGCGCGGCCCUUUCGGUCUCGGCGGCGGCGGGCGUCAUCGCGCUCACCCUGGAGGCCAAUCCUCUGCUCACGUGGAGAGACGUCCAGCACAUCAUUGUUCGCACGUCAGAUACUCGCCAGCUCGCCGCGGAGGACUGGCAAAGGAAUGGGGCAGGACACAAAGUGAGCCACCUGUACGGCUUCGGCCUACUGGAUGCAGAGAGGAUGGUAUUGCAGGCAAAGCGAUGGCGGCGGGUCCCCCCGCAGCGUGCUUGCACAGUGGAGGCGUCCCCUCCGUCGAAGCGAAGCUUGAAUAGGGGAGGCGCACUGACAUCGGUGCUGCAGACGUCCGUCUGCUCGGCCUCAUCCCGAAGGCGGCAGCACGUGGCCUUCGUGGAGCACGUGGUGGUGCGUGUCACGGCGGCUUGCAGUCGCCGUGGCGACCUUUCCAUUACGCUCACGUCGCCCUCGGGCACCGUGUCACAGCUUCUCGAUAAAAGGCCUCAUGACAACGCCUCUGAGGGCUUUCGCCAGUGGGAAUUCAUGACGACUCACUGCUGGGGGGAGAAAGCGGUCGGGGAAUGGACCUUGAGCAUCCGCGAUUCGCCCUCUGAAGGGAGGGAAAACUCGCAAGCGGGUACACUAGAAAAGUGGUCACUGGUGAUUUACGGCACCGCAUGGCCGCCGUAUCCCACUCGGCGAAGGUUUGCGCGUUCGGCCGAGAUUCCGAAGGAAGCCGAUUUUGCUGAGGAAUACACAGGACCCUGCGACUCAGAGUGCACCGACGAUGGCUGCGAGGGUCCCGGCCCGUGGCAGUGUGUCACAUGUGCCCAUUUUUUCCUUAAGUUCAAGAACAACACAAGAAUUUGCGUGUCCACGUGUCCGCGGGGAUUCUGGGGUGACAGGCGGCGUUGCAAGCGCUGCUUCGCCACCUGUGAGAGUUGCACGGGAAGCCGCAGUGACCAGUGCACUUCCUGUCAAGCCGGGCAUCACUUGACCGAGGGGACCGAUACCUGCACCGCCGGCUGCGAGGAGGGCUACUUCCUGGACCACGAUGCAAAGAUGUGCAGGAAGUGCGGCGAGAACUGCUCGAGGUGCACGUCCUCCAGCGUCUGCAGGGAAUGCAAAGCAGACACAAGUCUGCAUGGGAACCGCUGCCAGCGGAGUUGCGGGCCGGGAAUGUACUACGACGAGGUAGAGGGCCUGUGCAAAGCUUGCCACCGGGUGUGCGCCACCUGUGCAGGCGCCGGCGUGGAGGCGUGCACCCGGUGCGCCGACGGCUACCUGACGGAGGACUGGAGGUGCGUCUCCUCCUGCAGCAGCGGCUUUUUCGCCGUAAUUCCCGAGAUAGCCGACGGGCGUCGGAUGUGUAGGAGGUGCGACGCCAGCUGCCUCACCUGUGUCGGGCCGAGCCGGGCCAGCUGCAGCAGCUGUUCCAGCGGUCGCGGCCUGCAGGAGGGCGAGUGUGUUCUCCAAACGCCGUGCGCAGAUGGAGAGUACCAGGACAACGAUGGGACGUGCCACACAUGUCACCCGACAUGCUUGAAUUGCUCGGGGCCGCGGCAUCAUGACUGCACCGGCUGUGGCGCCUCACACGCUCUGGACGAGGGCCGCUGCCUGGCCGAGUGCGCCCGCGGCAAGUACCAAUCGGGUGGGCGCUGCCACCUGUGUGACCACACCUGUGCCACUUGUGUGGAGGCGGGGCCUAACAACUGCACCAGUUGCGAUAAAGAUAAGUUCAGAAUGGAGCGUUAUCUCCACCGAGGCCGCUGCGUGGACGCCUGCCCCGAGGCGUUCUACCACACCAAGGAGCGGAGCUGCGAGGCCUGCUCGCACCGCUGUAUCCUUUGCACAAGCUCCGCCCACUGCCUGAGGUGCGACUCCUCCUACUACGUGUCGGAUGGCACCUGCGUCAAACUGGAGUGCGGCGAAGGCGAAGUCGAGGAUCCCGAUUACAGCGACUGCAUGGCCUGUGAGGAGGGCUGCAGGCAGUGUGUCCUAUAUAACCCCCGGCAUUGCCUGUCCUGCAAAGAAGGCUUUUACAACUUCCAGGAUGGCUGCUACAAAAACUGCCCCGCCAAGACGUACGGCGUAGACGAGGAGAUGACUUGCUUCCCGUGCGAGGACAACUGCGCGAGCUGCGACCAGCACGAGUGCUACUGGUGCGAAACGGACCUCUUCCUGUCAGAGGGAAAGUGUGUUUCCGUAUGCCCCGAGGGUUAUUACGGCGACGAGGACACCAAUGACUGUGAGGAGUGCCACGUCGACUGCAUGUCCUGCAGUGGCCCCGGACGUGACGACUGCGUGUCGUGCCGCGAUGGCGCAACGCUGGAAAACGGACGGUGCGUGACAGACGAAGACGACGUCUGUCCCGUGCUGUCCUUUCGCAGUGGUGAUGGCGAAUGUGCACCGUGCCAUCCAUCGUGCGAGUCCUGCUCGGGAAAAAACAAGAACCAGUGUACCAAAUGCACAAAUGGACGCUUCCUAAGCCCUCAACAAACGUGCGUGACAAAAUGUCCGCCGGGUUCGUUUGGCGACCGGCUGAGCGGCGAGUGCGAGAUGUGCCCCGCCGGGUGUUUGGACUGCGUGGACCUUAAGCGCUGCACCCGCUGCCUGAGCCAUUCCACCGCGAUUUUGUUCCUGCAGGACGGCCAAUGCGUCCAGCAGUGCGUCAGAGGCUACCCGGUCGGUCAGGUGUGUCGAAGCUGCGCGUCGGGCUGCGCGUCCUGCAUGAACGCCACCUCCUGCCAGAGCUGUGAAGAACCUGCGCUGCUGCUCAAUCACCAGUGCGUGCGGGAAUGUCCCGCGGGCCACGCGGUCCACAUCUGGGAAUGCCGACGCUGCCCUCCGGCCUGUGAAGAGUGCAACCCUUUUGGAGAGUGCACAGCCUGCGAGGAGUAUCACUUCCUCCACGAGGGCACGUGCGUGCUCGACUGCCCCGACCGCUUCUUUGGCGAUAACGAGCGACGGGAGUGCCUGCGCUGUCACCCUGACUGCCGCUUGUGUGACGGCCCCAGAAGCGACGACUGCGAUGCUUGUGUGGACUCCCGGGCCACAAUGCGCAACGGAAAGUGCCUGACGGCGUGUCCCGCUCGGACCUUCAUGGACAGUGCGACGGGAGAAUGUCAAGAGUGUGACGUCUCCUGCCUCACCUGCGUCGGGCCCCUGGCCGGCUCCUGUUCUGGCUGCGGAGAAGGCCACAGACUGGAGAGCCACACGGAGGAGGCCCACGGUCGCUGCGUGCCGUCGGAUGUUGAGUGUUCGCCACACGAGUACGUCGACGAGCGCGGGGGUUGCCGGCCUUGUCACAAUAACUGCCGCCGCUGCUCCGGCCCGGGAAAGAACCGCUGCGUGAGCUGCAGGCAGAGACACCUUCUGCUCAAUGGCAGCUGCGUGGACGUAUGCCCACCAGGUUUCUACACUGACGAGUCGUGGCAGAAAUGUGAAGCGUGCCACCCGACUUGUCAGUCCUGUGUCGGGAAACACGGCCACGAGUGUCUGGCCUGCAAGGACCGGCUCUUUCGACACGGUCACUAUGGCAACCAGGGCUCCGGGACAUGCGAGCCGUGCGACCCCACUUGCGUCGAGUGCUCGGCGGACGGGCGCUGCCUUAGCUGCACGUCGGGACUGGUUUUCAUGCCGCGGGAAGGCCGCUGCCUCCACGCCUGCCCUCGCGGCUUCUACCGCCGCCAAGUUGACGAUGACACAUACGCUACGUGCGAGCGUUGCCAUGGCAACUGCGCAACCUGCUCAGGAAAAAUCUCUCACUCCUGUGACUCGUGUGGCCCUGGUUACCUCCUGUCAGGCAGUACGUGCGUGUCUUUGUGCCAGACGGCCGAGUACGUGCGAAUUCAGGGUUCCGGUCACAUCUGCGAGGACUGCGACGCCUCCUGCCUGCGCUGUGAGGGUCCCGGCCCGGCCAACUGCAGCGCGUGCCCCCCACACGCUAUCCUUGAAGUCGGGGGGCGCUGUCUCCCUUGCUGCCACACUGCUGCCGCCGCCCACAGACAGGAUUGUUGCAACUGCACGGAAACGACAGGGGCGUGUGUCCUCAGUACCAACCUGGCGUUCAGGAACGAGGAAGAGGAAGUGGAGGAAGAGGAGACGAGAGGCAACCUGGUGGUCUUCAUCAUGGCGUGCAUCCUUCUAGUGGGCGGACUCGCCGGCGGCGCCGCCAUCUUCCUAAUCCAGCGCUUUCGCUCCAAGAGGACUCCUACGGAAGGGACCCCGCACGGCUACGAGAAGUUGGGUUCCAGUUCCGGCUCCAUUUCCGCCGGCAACUGCUCAUCCUCGUCUUACUACAAAGGUACGCAGAUGGUGGACUUGGGAGAAAGCUAUUCGGUCGCAAAAGGGGAUGAAGAUGAGGACGAGGAGGACAUUGUGUAUAUGAGUCAGGACGGGACCGUCUACAGGAAGUUCCGCUACGGACAACUGGGAGACGAUGAUUUGGAGUACGACGACGAGAGCUACACAUCCAUGAAUCGGGUUUUUGUUUCCCACCUAAAAUAAGGAUGAGAAAUAUCCAAAUUA